UUGGCGAUGUUACAGUUGAAAAAAGUCACCUUGUGUAUUCUACUUGAUUUUUCCACGGGCCUUUUACCUAGCAUCUAUGACCUUUCGGGCCUAGUACUGACUGACCACUUUAAAUAUGCUUUAAGCUAUACAAUGUUAUCCAAAAAUGAUGAAAGAGAAAAGCAAAUUAUGUAGACACUAACUCAAAGCAACGAAUAAACUCUUUACGUCUUUACUUAUAUAAGAGGAAAAGUACAUUUUUUCUACAUUAAUCAUCCUUAAAUACAAUCUAUACUCAAAACUGUCAAAUACCUGGCUACUCUUUGAAAACACCCUUUGGCUGUCACUGUCAGAGUUGUCACAGUUGUCAAUUGUAAAUCAAGCAGCAAUAUAAAAUGCUAUGGUUAGGCAAAUGUAUUAAAUAAAAAUAAGUUUAAACUAUACAAUAAAAAUAACUUUGAUAUUAAGAAUUAGCUAAAAUAAAGAAGUAAAAAUGGGGCGACGGUCAAUAAAUACCACUAAAAGUGGUAAAUACAUGAAUCCUACUGAUCAAGCACGUAAGGAAGCCAGAAAGAAAGAGUUGAAGAAGAAUAAGAAGCAAAGACAAUUGGUUAGAGCGGCCGUGCUUAAAAUGAAAGAUCCAACACAGAUUCUUGAAGAGUUGCAGAAAAUUGAUGAAAUGGAAUACAAUGUGCUGCAGCCGUCACCACUAAAUGAAAAAGUUUUAAAAGAGAAAAGGAAAAAAUUAAAAGAAACAUUUGAUCGAGUUCUCAAGAUGUAUGAUAAAGAUGAUCCGGAAAAAUGGGUAGAACUAAAAAGACAGGAGAUGGAGUAUGAAAAGAGAAGGGCACAUUUAAUAUCAUAUUAUGAGUCUGUGAAACAUGCACAAUCUGUACAAGUGGAUGAUAUUCCACUACCUACACUACAGGUUCCUGACAAUUUAAUAUACGGUAAUGUUCCAUCACAAAUCCCAUUACCACUGGAUACUGUUCACCCGGCAUUGCCAAAGCCAAUUUUGAAGAAGGAUUCAGUUUAUAGAGAAAGACCAGUGGGUAUAGAGCCCCCCGGAGUGCCGCCAGGUCCCCCGCCAGACUACUCACUGUUAAUAUUCGAUGCAAUGAAACAUGACUCGCACAAGGAAAAGAAGAGCUUACGUUUCUCAGAUUUCCCUGAUGAAGGACCGCCCGGAGAGACUAACACCGCGGUCACUUUAGAAGCUAAAGUGAGCAAAUCCGCGCACGAAGACUUAGACGGAGAGGCCAUAGACGAGGAGCAUCCCGCGUCGCCGUCCGCGGCGCAGGCGCACAAACCUACCUCCUUGCAGAAGAGAAUGCUGGCCCUCUCCGGACAGAAUAUUGACGACUUCAUGAAAGAGAUGGAAGAGGUCCACAAGAAGAGGGAAAGGGAUAGAGCUGCCGAUUUGAAUGCGAGACUAAGCGCGUUGAAGCGUGCUGGGGGGCGGGAUAGUGACUCUGACAGCGACACGGACGCGCACCACGCGCACGCGCACGCGCACGCGCACCACGCGGACCUCGCGCUGGAGCCGCCCGGCGCCGAGCUGCGCCACAUGCCGCCGCCGCUGCUGCCGCCCGGUAUGAGACCGGCAAUCCGUAUGCCGGCGGCCCCGCCCGGGCUGCCCCCCGGCGCGGCGGUGCUGGGCCUGACGGGCGCUCCCCCGGGCCCGCCGCCCGGCCUGCCGCCGCGCGGGGCGCUGCGCCCGCCCGGCCCCCCGCCCGGCGCCCCGCCACGCCUGCUGCGCCCGCUCGCCCCACACGCCCCGCAUCCCCCGCAUGCCCCACACGCCCCACAUCACCCGCACGCUCCACCUCCCCCUCACGCCCCACACGGCCCCCUCGCCCCACACGCCCCGCACGGCCCGCCCCCGCCCCAGCUCUCCGUGCUCAGCGCCGCGCCACAACUUAUACAGAAGAAAGAUACUCCUCAAGGAGCAACAAUAAGUGCGAAGCCUCAGAUCCGCAAUUUAUCUGCGGAUGUGACGCGGUUCGUGCCGUCCGCGUUGCGCGUGAAGCGGGAGGACCGCCGCGGGCGCGCCGCCCGGCCCGCGCGGCCCGGCGCGCUGCGCCAGCCCGACAUACCCAAGGCUCCUACCAAAGAUGACGCUUAUAUGCAAUUCAUGAAGGAAAUGGAAGGCCUUUUAUAAUACGUUAAUGUAUAACAACUUUUAAUAUAAGUAA